AGGUCCCGGCAGUUGGUGACGUCUCCUAGCCCGAUGGGCUCGGCCGAUGGCAAAGUCCUUCCACUCAACGUCCAGGUGGUCACUCAGCCCAUGCAGUCCAUCAAGCAGUCUCCAAAGACUCCCCAAAAUGUGCCGGCCAGCCCCGUGGGAGACCGCUCUGCUCGCCAUCGCUAUGCCCAGAUCCUGCCAAAGCCAGCCAGCACCAACGCGCUGACCAUCCGUUCCCCAACCACGGUGCUCUUCACCAGCAGCCCAAUCAAGACGGUGGUCCCUGCUCAGCACAUGAACGUGGUCAAAAUGACCGCCAUCUCGCUUGCCCCAAGCAGUGCCAGUGGCACGCCCAUCAAGCACACGGCCUCCGCCAUUGGCUCGGCAGCCGCAGAAGAGGCCAGGAGCCUUCCUCAGAUCAAGAAGGGGUCUGUCAUUUCACUCCAGUCCCCGGGAACCAAAGGGGGCGGCGGUGGCAGCGGCCUAGCUUCUGCCCCGUCUUCGGUAGAGGUCAAACUUGAGCCAGAGCUGGGGCUGGAGGAGAGCUUGCAGCAGAAUCCAGAGAAUCCCAGCCCUGCUCAGUCGGUCAGAGUCGCCCUGCUAAAGCCUGUGGAUCAGCUGAGGACUGUGGAAGGCGAGGCCUGGAAAGGCCGGGCUGAGGAGCGUCUCGGGGCAGUUAGCGGCGACCCCCAGGGGGGAGAGUCAGAGAGGAAACCCCUUUCCCAGGCGCAUGAAGCCCCCCCGGGCCCCUUGGACGUGGGUCAGCAUGUCUCCAGCACUGGCAUCGCCCCCUCACCUACUGCAGGCGACCAAGGGUGCCCGAAAGGCCUGCGGAAGAGGCUGCCUUCGGCCUUUGUGGAUGCCCAGGGGCCCCCAGUCAAGAAACUCUCUGUGGGACAGGCCUCUGCAGAAGACCCCCAGGCCAGCGGUGCCAAGAAAGCCCAGCAGACGGGCGGCCUGCCUCUCCCCACCAGCGACAGCCCGGCUGCCGUUCUCCAGAGUCCCGGCCAGGCGGCCCUCCAAAUCCAGGCCCUCCAAAUCCAGUCCGCAGCCUCAGGGAUCAGCCUGGAGCCCUCCUGCCCCUUGGAUGCCGACCUCAUCAUUGCCCCCAGCGACUCCCUGCUCGAGCCGCCCCCAGCGGCCGCCUCAGCAGGCGUGGAAAUGAAGUUGGAACAAGGCGACCUCUUUGUCCUGGGAAACGGCUCUAAGUCGGAGGGCAGCCUGAACCCCAGUGUGUGGCAGCAGCUGGCCAAGGGCUCCCCCUUUGCCCAGGAGGCCUGCAAGCCCCCCGUCAGCGUCAUGACGCUUGCUGGACCACCCGACUCUGAGGACCUGCCCAAGUCCGCCUGGGAGCCGGUGCACUUAGAAGGGUUCCAGCAGGCGGGGGCAGUCUUUGGGCAGCCCUUGGCAGAUCAGGUCCAGCCAGCCUCCCUCGACCACCCCCUGCCCGGCCAGAGCUCCGGCCAGCUGCCCCUGCAGCAGGAGCUGAAGGACUUUGAGGAUGCCGCCUCCCAGUCCCACGAGAACUUCUUCUCCUUCGACGACGACCUGACGCAGGACAGCAUCGUGGAGGAGCUGGUGCUGAUGGAGGAGCAGAUGUCCCUCGGCACCUCCCACCACCUCUACAGCGCCUCCCUGGGGAUGGCUCUCCAGAGCCAGGGGGUGGCUCAGGGGACCCCCUUGGGCCCUCACCCCAGCAGUGCCCACUUCUAUCACCCGAUCCAUAGCAGCGGCACGCCCGUUCAUACGCCCACCCCCACGCCCACCCCGACGCCCACCCCCACGUCGGAAAUCAUGGCAGGAUCGCAAGGCGUGUCCCGGGAGAGUCCGUGCUCCAGGAUGGCCCAGACCACGCCUGUUGACAGCGCCCUGGGGAGCAGCCGGCACACGCCUGUUGGCACCCCACACUCCAACUGCAGCAGCAGCGUGCCCCCGAGCCCCGUGGAGUGUAGGAAUCCCUUUGCCUUCACCCCAAUUAGCUCCAGCAUGGCUUACCACGACGCCAGCGUGGUCUCCAGCAGCCCCGUGAAGCCCAUGCAGCGGCCCAUGGCCACCCACCCGGACAAAACCAAGCUGGAAUGGAUGAAUGCCGGCUAUGGCAGCGUGGGGGGCGCGUCCUCCGUCACCAGCCAGGGGAUCCUGCCCGGCUACCAGGAGUCGGUGGAAGACCGUUUCAGGAAGCCCCAUGCCUUUGCCGUCCCUGGCCAGUCCUACCAGUCUCAGUCACGGCACUACGACCCCCAUUUUGGGCGAGUGACUCCCGUCUCCCCCGUUGGCAGCAAGCAGGAAGGCUUUGCUGUCCCGGCGCCUCUCGAUAACAAAGGUACCGGCUCCUCCCAUGGCGGCCAUUUCAGAUGCCGGAGUGUCAGUCCCGCCGUCCACCGCCAGCGGAAUCUUAGCGGAAGCACCGUCUGCCCUGUCACGGCCGUGCUUCGCCCUGGAACGAUGGUGGGCUCUUUUGGGAGUCCGGUCACCCCGGAGGUUCACCCCUCCUUGGCGAACGUUCACACAGACCCAAGUGCCAGUGCCCUCGCCCAGCGCAGCCAGUCGGUGCCCCUGACGGUGAUGAUGGAGACGGCCUUCUCGCAGCCUCAGCCGCAGCAGCAGCAGCAGCAGCAGCCGAGUUCCAAGAAGAUCACCAACGUCUUGCUCAGCAAGCUGGACUCGGAGAACGAUGAUGCCGUGCGCGGCCUGGGCAUCAACAACCUGCCCUCCAACUACACCGCCAGGAUGAACCUGACUCAGAUUUUAGAGACUUCUGCCGCCUUUCCAAGUGCCAACGCCCAGAACAUGCCCCCAUGCAGCCCGUCCGUUUUUGAAUUCCAAACACCAGGUUACCUCGCUAAAAACAGCAGCCCCGAUCCGGCGGACUUUGCUUCUGGGGACCACGCAGCCCAUUCGGACGCUGGGGAGCAGCAGCUGGAUUUCAGCGGCACCGUGAAGGAGCUUCUGGAGGAGAGCAGCCUGCAGGGCGGCCAGGUGCCUCCCGACUUGACCAACGUGGCCUCCGUCUUCUCCAGCGACAUGCGGCUGACCUCGGAGCUCUCGGGCAGCAUGAACGACCUCAACGCCCUGGACCCCAACCUGCUCUUUGACCCGGCCCACCCGCAGGGCCAAGACGACGAGGCGACCCUGGAGGAGCUGAAGAACGACCCGCUCUUCCAGCAGAUCUGCAACGAGUCCAUCGGCUCCAUCAGCUCCGCCGGUUUUGAUUGGAUGGAGAGCAAGGACCACCCCGCGGUGGAAAUGCUGGGCUAGGAAGUGCGUGCGUGUGCGUGCGUGUGCGUGUGUAUACACACCUAUACAUAUUUGUGAGUGUGUGCGUAUAUAUAUAUAUGUAUAUAUGUGUGUAUAUAUAUACGUGUGUGUGUAAAUAUAUAUACACGUGCACACGUGUGUGUGUGCGUGUGUGUGUGUGUAUGAAAUCUACGUAGCACACUGUAUUUAAGAAACUCCGAAGACCAGACAUGCUGUAUUUGUCUUAACGGAAGUGCCUCCUCCAGCAGCAGAAACAAAAUUUGUGAGACUUUUUUAAGGAAAAGAACUGCUCUGCCAGCUGCUUUAUUAUCUCUCCAGCAGGGUCUGCACAAUCUCAACCAGUGUUUAAGGCGUUUCUGAAGGAUGCAGCCUGCUCCAGAGCCAGGAUUAGGUUUUAAAA